AUGAGAAAAGUAUCUGUUCAAGAACAAUUUUCACAAGCUUGUCGUCACCUAUCAACAAUAAUUGCUCCACAAAUAGCAAAAGUUGGUUUUGUUCAUUGUCUCCAAAAUCAUCUUAAUCUUGAGAUAAAAAUUGGAGACAUAGUAACAUACAUUAGAAGUAUUGAACAAUUUACUUUACAUAACAAUAUUUCUCCAGAGGCUAUAAAAUUUAAUAUAGUGGACGAUAAAAAGAAUGUUGUACUUUUUGCUUUACUUGAAGCUAAUGAAAUGGUUUUGUAUGAAAGUAUAAAUAAACCAAUAGUUAACAUUUCUUUUCCUGAUAAAAAAGCAGGCAUUGAAGGAUGUCUUGAAGCAAAAAUUUGUAACCCUCAUUAUAAAGUUAAAAUUUUUCAAGUUGAAACAUCUGACGAAAAACAUUGUUGGAAAAUAUUUAAUGUUAGUGAUAAAGAAAUGAAAUAUAAAUUUGAGGUAAAAUAUUCACAUUGGAGAGAACUAUUAAAAAUGUGUGGUCUUCUUUUUGAAGCAAAAUGGUGGGAAUUAAAAAAUGAUAAGAAAAUAAAAGCUACAAUCAUCCCAUGUAUGACAAUUUUGAAAGAAAAUACAAUUCGCGUAAAUUGGCAUCACACAACUGACAAUGAGACAAGAUUGUUAGUUUUAUGCUUUGCUCUUAUUCAAACAGUCAAUGAAGCAUUUCCUAUUUUGUCAAGUAUCGUCAACGAAUCUAGAAGAAGGAAAAGCAUAAUAGGCCAUUGA